CUGACAAGAUGGCGGAAGGCGCUCUGGCUGAGUGAGGCGGACGCUGCUAACAUCAGUUACACAGAAGAUCCUUUGCGUUGUCCCCCCCCUGUACUGGCGUGUGGCGGCUUUCGGGUUAUAGGUAACGCUGUGGUCGGCCUGGCCUUGGUGGCAGUAGCGCCGGUCACAUGCGCCUUCGGCUCUCCUGGAGGUGGUAUGUUAUAGCGGAAGACGAGCUCUAGUUAAGCUAGCGGCUGGCCGGCUCUGCCAAGCCGGGCGAGAGCCUGCGCCCGCUUCGCCAAACAUACGCUUUGCUCAGAGUACUUCCCCCGCGGACGGAUGCUUUAAAUCUACCCCGGUGUCGGUCACUGGGCGGCGCGGUCCUGCCUUGCCGUUUACAUCGCACUGUGCGGCGAAACAUCUUUUCUUUGGUGCCGAUCCAAGAAGAAGCGGAGCCCCGACGAGCGGCGACGCGCACGCAGAGUUUCCGCGAAGCCCGGCCGGCUGAUCCGGGACAGGAAGAGCCCAGCGCCGAGACGCAGAGCGCCGCGGGGAGCGUCCUCCGGAGAGCCCAGUCAGCGUACUCCGACACACACACGCUGCUUUCCUUCUCCUCUUCUUCACUCUGCGCGGCGCCAUGGCUCAUUCCCCGGUGCAGAGCGGCCUGCCGGGCAUGCAGAACCUAAAGGCGGACCCAGAAGAGCUGUUCACCAAGCUCGAGAAGAUCGGGAAAGGCUCCUUCGGGGAGGUCUUCAAAGGCAUUGACAAUCGGACUCAAAAAGUCGUAGCCAUUAAGAUAAUAGACCUCGAAGAAGCAGAGGAUGAGAUAGAGGACAUCCAACAGGAGAUAACUGUCCUGAGCCAGUGCGACAGUCCCUUUGUGACGAAGUACUACGGAUCCUAUUUGAAGGGCACAAAGUUGUGGAUCAUCAUGGAGUAUCUGGGUGGCGGCUCUGCGCUGGAUUUGCUGGAACCGGGGGCUCUGGACGAGACACAGAUCGCCACGAUCCUCAGAGAGAUCCUGAAAGGGCUUGAGUACCUGCACUCAGAGAAGAAGAUACACAGAGACAUCAAAGCUGCCAACGUCUUGCUGUCGGAGCAGGGAGACGUGAAGUUAGCAGAUUUCGGCGUGGCGGGACAGCUGACGGACACGCAGAUCAAGAGGAACACGUUUGUGGGCACGCCUUUCUGGAUGGCGCCUGAGGUCAUCAAGCAGUCGGCGUACGACUCCAAAGCGGACAUCUGGUCGCUGGGCAUCACGGCGAUAGAGCUGGCGAAGGGAGAGCCCCCACACUCAGACCUGCACCCCAUGAAGGUUCUCUUCCUCAUCCCAAAGAACAAUCCGCCCACGCUGGAGGGGACCUACAGCAAGCCCCUCAAGGAGUUUGUGGAGGCCUGCUUGAACAAGGAGCCCAGCUUCAGGCCGACGGCCAAAGAGCUUCUGAAGCACAAGCUGAUCAUGAGGCACGCCAAGAAGACGUCCUACCUGACAGAGCUCAUAGACCGCUACAGGCGCUGGAAGGCAGAGAAAUCCCGCGAGGAGUCCAGCUCGGACGAGUCCGACUCGGAGCACGACGGCCAGGCAGCAGGAGGCGACGACGGUGGCGGUGAUGACUGGAUCUUCAGCACCAUUCGGGAGAAGGACCCCAAGCGGCUGCAGAACGGGGCUGCGCAACAGGAGGAGCUGGAGAGGAGCGAGGUAGCAGACUUACGGAAGAGGCCUCCAUCGCAGAGCCUGUCCACCAUCAUCUCCCCUCUUUUCGCUGAGCUGAAGGAGAAGAACGAGGCAUCUGGAGGCAAGCUGGAAGCUCUGGAGGAGCUGAGAGAGGCCAUCUUCCUUGCCGAGGAGGCCUGUCCAGGGAUCUCAGACUCCAUGGUGUCCGAAUUGGUGCAGAGACUCCAGAGGUUUUCAUUGGCUGGGGCGUCGUCCUCCAACCAAUAGGAGCUGCCGUCUGCCCCCAGGGAGGGACAGCAGCCCCAUCACAGCCAUCAGGUCCACCACCUCCAACAUUCACAAGCCGAAAUGAAGUCUCUGGAGGGCCUUCAGUUUUAAGAGCUUAAAGCGAAUUUAUUCUACUUUUUUGUCAUAGUGCACAUAUAAAUAGCAGGAGCAUUAACAGAUGGAGGGUCCAGUAACUCUGUCAAGGUGGGUCGUCAGCAGUGUCCUGUCGGACUUGCACGUGUUUGAGGUCCAAAUGCUUGUAGGAUCUCUAGCUAAUGGGGGCUGAAUCUCAGUAUCUGCUGUGUGAGUGUUUCCAUUCCUUUUUAAAUAAAUAGCUGCCCCCUUUUCUUCCGCCGUUUGCCCGGAUAGAUUAAAAAAACAAACAAAAAAAACUAUACGAAGACUGCAUCUGGAACCUCCAAUACAGUGUCUGAAGAUGAAUGUGCAUGUGUGUGAUACUCACAUGAUACUCACGCGUGCACAUGAAGAUCAUCCUUAACCUUGCUAAGGAGACGAGCAUCUACUGAAACCUCAGGUAUUCUGCUUUAAGUGGACACGCCCUCCCAGAGAUGGAGGUCAGUGUGUUGGGUGGGUGUACAAAAGUGUGUAAAUAGUCAUUUUUACCGGCAUUUGCGUAAAGAAAUCACUGUGUAUAAACAGCCAAGUGCUUCUGUAGAUAAUGUUAGUAGGUAAAUAUUUAAAGUGAGUGUCUCACAAAUGGCCAUAACUGAAAAUUGCCUUGUCUUCGCUACUCCAUGUUCAUUUUUGGGCCUUUUGUUUUCCUUUUUGUUUUUUUGUUUUUUUUUUUUUAGAAAAAUAAAUUCUUCAAAGGUUUUAUCAUCCGAUUUAAAUUUGAAGCCCUGUUGUCUUUUUAAAUGACUACUGAAGGUAACUCGCUGUGGGGCGGAUGGCAGAUCCUCGUCCCCGCACCCGGUCGCAUUAGACCUGAUGAGUGCUCCUGCUGUUCUACUUGAUCUUGUCCCAGUGAGCAGAGUAUCUUCUUUAGUACAGUGGGAACAUUAUGACCAAAUUGAUCUACGCAACUCUGUUUCAGGGCAACCUUGCCCCUGUCUGCUUAAACUUCAUUAUUCCUUUUGUGUUUUAGUGCAUCGUCGCACCCGUUCCCUUCCUCAGCCGCUCCGGUGAUUUUUAGACGAGGACCCCGAGCUCCCCCGGUUUCACCUGAACUGCAGCCAGGUUGCGUCGUCAUCCGCAUGCGUUUUAAAAGUCAUGGCAAGCGACUGUCAUGGUGAGCUUCUGAUGCAUAGCCGAUGGCUUGUUUUGCAUCCUUGCAUCUAAUUGCCUUUUGCUCUACAAACCCUAGGCAGCCAUAAGGAAUUAGCAUAACUAUAUAUAUAUAUAUAUAUAUAUAUAUAUAUAUGUGUGUGUGUGUGUGUAUAUAUAGGGUACAACUCAUCUGUGACGAAGGACGUCUGUGAACACACAUCAUAACUUGGCCGCCACCGGUUUAACCCAUGUGUAAAUCGGUGACUUUCUGCCAGUAAAAGAGCACAUGUGCUUGGCGUGGGAGCGGCGUGAGGCGCGUGGCUGCGGCCCCUGGGGCAGUUUGCUGUGCAGGUUUGAGGGCAACAGGCUCGGUAUAUGUCACAUUCGCUGGGCAGGUUUGAGGGCAACAGGCUCGGUAUGUGUCACAUUCGCUGUGCAGGUUUGAGGGCAACAGGCUCGGUAUGUGUUACAUUUGCUGUGCGUGCAGAGACCUGCUUCAAACUCACAGCCGUGUAACUUAACACAUUCUGUCUGAUUCGCCAUCUUUCAUUGGUAUCAAGUUUCGUUUACAGCAGUAACUUUAAUCAACACCCCACACUGGGUAAUUUUUAUUACACGCUGCGUGAUGAUUAAUUUGCAUUUAGGGGAAUGUUUCACCUGUUUCAAUGUGAGCAAGGUAAUCUAUCCCAGGAGGACGCUAUACUCUGAUGCAGAGAGAGAUGUGGUUGAUUUUGGUUUUCUUUUGGUCAUGCAGACAGGUAGGAACACCCCCCCCCCCAGAUUCCAUUAAAAAGCAGGCUCAGGUCCUCCCAUAGGUGUUCUGUGUUUAAGUACCGGAUACCAGUCUAUCCGAUAAUUCCUGUCACCCUGUAGUCUCUCAGAAAAAGUGCCAUUCCUCUCCAUUAGCCCUUUUCGGUAGCUGUAAAUGCACCUUGUGAAGACUGUUCAGUUGAUUUUUAUUCUGUUGCACUUUGAAGCAUUUUAGUAUUUAAAAACUGGUACUCAAGGCUGCAAUGUUAUGUCGUUUCAUACAUGAUUGCUACUGUACCUUUGCAAGUAUGGCAAUAAAAUAGGUUGUCAGGAUGCAUUCAGCACAGGUAUAUUGUAUGGAAUCAAAGGAUAAAUACAAUAUUUUUAUAAUUGUAAAAGAAAAACUAUUGUAGUUCAGAGUAAAUUUUAAAUCUGGUCAUCUAUGAUAGGAUUACAUAUUACAGAAGUUGAUUUCUUUCUGUAACAUUGCCGACAGUUUAGUCACAUAUACUCCUUGCUCAUGUCAUUAAAAACACAAAGGUAUUUAAAUCCUUGUAAGCUUAAGUGACUGAGGAAAAAUAAAAUUCUAAUUUACACAA